AUGCCUCCACACGAGUCCCACAAAAAUCCACAUCGGCGUGUGCGCAUGCGGCCUGACCCUCUGACCGACGUGAUGGAUACCAGCGCUUCCCCCUCUACUGCCUCACCUCAUCGUCGGGAUCCCAGUGCGUCAUCUUCACAGCCCACUCAAGUGUGGGGAUUUCCUCGGGCCUAUCAUAUUGAAGAUACCAUCAGCCUCGGCCCCUCCUCCACCCCACAAGCUGUUGCCCACCAUGCGCUCAUCACCGAGAACGGCGAACGCUUUGGCUUUGAAGAUAUGCUCGAGCCUAGCUCUGGCCUGAUGCCACCCACCGCCUCAAGUACCCGCUCGCGAGGCCAUCGCCGCUCUGCCAGCGCCAACAGCGAGUUGCUCUAUGACAACCUCACCUCCGCCGUCAACCCCACAUCAAGCCUGCGCCAGCCCAACACACCCCAUGCCAGAAGUGCUCUCAACGAUCUGCUCUUUACCCGGCCUGUCUCGCGCACCUCGAGCGCCACCCGCACCGCCAGCGCUUCAGCCGGAACACCCUUUGCCACCCCUCCCACCACGCCCGUCCCCGUUUCUACCCUCCUGCAAACCAGCCUCCCCAUCGACUCCGCCCAUACCUCCGCCUUCUCGCGAACCCCCUCAACCCGCGUCAUGAGCAACUGCAUCGGCCGUGAUAUCCUCAAGCGUAUGGAUGCAGCCGCCGCCCGCUGCCCCCCCAUUGACCCAGAGCAAAUUCAUGAUCGCGAAGUUCGACGACGUCUGCGAGAGAUGAACGUCUUCAUUCUUGACAACUCGCUGCGCGAGACGGUUGUUGGGGCCGUACAUGGUCACUCCGUUUCCAAAAAGCGCGAAAUCUUUCGCUGGGUUCACGCCUGCAACUUCAAUUACACCAUCGUCGCCAGUCUGGGACCCGAGUGGCGUGUCGACGAAGACUUUAUGGCUUAUCUUCGCGACGAGUACUACAAUGCCGCCAACCUCCCCCAGCGCAUGCCGUCUCAAGACUAUGCGGGCCCGGACAUUGAUCCCCUUGAACGCUGUUUCGUCUUUUGUGAGCUUGCCGACACCAUCUCCUCGGCCGGCCACAUCUACGUCAACGACGAAGAUGCGCCCAUUACCCUCCAAAAAUCUAUCGACCUCGGCUUUCACAAUAUGAUUGUCGAGGUCGACCUUGCCCGCAUCAUGAUGCUUGACCACCUACUCCAACCCGAGUUUCGCUGGAACGAAAUUUACGAUCGGCUUGACUUUGAGAGCCUGCAUAGCGCAGCUGAUGUGCCCCGGGACAUUGCCAUUGAGAUUGAGCACGCCAUUGCCCUCCGUUACGCUUCAGCCGUCAGCUUCGUCAUUCAGAGGCACAUUCUUCCCUGUUGCAAAAAGGGAAUCAAGCCGAAAAUCUUUGUCAACCUGCGCGACUUUCCCAUUGCCAUCCUCCGCUGCCCCGAUCGCCUCUUUCGCUUUGUGGCUGCCCUGGCCGCAACGCACGAGCAGAACUGCUUGAUUGGUCUCAUGUAUGAAGACCCCAUGGGUGACUUCCUGCCCUCCGAGCUUGGCUAUUGGACUCGUCUUUUGCGUGACACCAUGGACAGCGCGGGCUGGGUGUCCAAGUUUCAACAAGACGAGAACCAGCUCGAUGGCCUUCUUCUCACCCACAUUCACGAACAGUGGGGAGCUGCUGACACGGCGCAGCUCAUGUGCCUGGCCAACGGCGCCGAUGGCGCGUGGUGCAGCGUCUGCACCGUUGGUGCCGCCAUUGGGCAUGCCUCCUCGGCCGUCCUUCUGGCCAAUCUGGCCCGCAUUGGCAAUAAACAUGUGCAAAACAAGUACCGCUCGCACCAGCUUUUGCCCGCCGCCCGCAAUGUCCACUACUUGACCACCAACCGGCCCGUGCCCUCGCGACAAGUGGUCUACGGCACCAUGGCGCUCGAGGCCGUCUUUGCCUUUCGCAACAUUGCCGGUGGCAUGGGUUACGACUUUGAUCUCGACAUCAACGGCUCUGGCGCAAAAACGGACAGCGACACGUUUACCGCUGCCGGCUUCUUUGGAAUCGAGCCGCCUGUGCGCCUGACCGCGCUCAGCCCCCCGGCUCACUUUUUGCAGCGCUGCAUCGAGUGCUACGGCAACCAUCGUCUUUUCCAAGACCCCAUUUUUGGCCAGCGACUCAAGGAGCGGGCCUUGGCAUGCGAGCGGGCUCAACAAGCCAUCGAGUACUCUACACCCCUGGGCUUGCAUCAGCUGCUCAAAGAGGUGCUGGCCGAACCGGCCUACGCCCGCACCUGCAAGUGCCAAGCCCUCGAGUCGUGCGACAGACCUGGAUGCUCGGAACAGCAAGUCGUGGCCAUGGCUCUUCAGGAGCAUCGCGUCCUCACCGCCCCUGCUCGUCAACUGCUCACCCAAACGUGCAUCUACUUUUUGCACUGCCGCGAUGCUUUCAAGAACCCCCACCCGCAAUUUCGCUCCCAUUUUUGUCAACAGAUUGAGGGUGUGGGUCAAGUCAUUAGCCUCAACGCUUUUGUGGCUGGGUUUUUGCACAAGUACUUUGCCGACUUUGAUUUUUUCGAUCUAUCGCAUCUGCUCUUCUUCAACAUCAGCCGAAAUGGGGAGGUACCCACGCCCGAGCGAGCACCGUACGACCUCUACCUGCCCCUGGAAGAGUGGGCAACCUGGUGUGCGUACAGCUUGUACCAGCACGGCUUCCGAAUUCCCACCGUCGAUGAGUUGCAUCAAGACACGCUUCGCUACGUGGUGCUGGCCCAAACGCUGCAUCACCGAAAGCAGCGACAACAGCCACAACCAGGCAAUUCGCACGCGCCAUCCUCCGCGGCCGAUGACGCACAGACUGUCGAGUGUCAGCUCAACGCGCAGGAAUGGUAUGACGUUCUGAACGUCUCAAGCUCAGAAUUCUCGUUUGAGCCCGCGCCGCAUCAACGCCAGGCCCAGCGCCACGUGACCAUCCGUGUCCGCGUCGCCGACGCAAAGGUUGCCUUGCCUGUGUGCACCCUACUGGAUGAUCAAAUGCGUCAGUCCAUGUUCGACCAACACACCUUGACCCGCGUGAAGCGUGCCCGCUCCGAAGGAGAGCGCACGGCCCCACGGCCCUCCACAAGCAGUGAUACCCACAGCCCACCGCAGCGACGCAGGCGCAGCUCUGCCUUGGUGGAUUUUAUUCGAAGAAGCAUUUUUCGUCGCCGCUCCUCUCGAACAAAUCCCGGGCAAGAGGACCGCGAAGCAGGCUCUGUGGUCUCUGAGCCCACCUUGCCCCGCCACCGAAGCUCAUCUCGCGAUGAAAGGCUUAGCCAUGCCGACACCUCAUCGCUACUGUCCCGUGCCUCGGCACCCGUCCCCUUGAGUGCCGCUCGGCUCUCGCAUCAGGAUUUGGAGGCGGACUUGGUUGCCGAGUACCAUCCUGCUACCACCCCUGCUGCCAUCCCUGCCUGGUCCUGA